ACUCGCGGCAGUAAACAUGGCGGCCGGCUAACUGUGAGCUUCGUGUGCGCUCAGUCCUGAAGGGUAUAAAUCUUUUUAUUGGGGUCUAAAGUGGGACACUUUACCUCUCCGCUCGCACCCGGGAGUGCUCGUACAGAGCACCGCUGACCGCUCAGUUUUCCUCGGUAAAAGGGUGAAGGAGACACACUGCAAAAAUGGGGCGACGUUCGACCUCUUCCACCAAGAGUGGGAAGUUUAUGAAUCCCACCGACCAGGCCAGGAAGGAGGCCCGGAAAAGGGAGUUGAAAAAGAACAAGAAGCAGCGAAUGAUGGUGAGAGCAGCGGUGCUGAAGAUGAAGGACCCCAGGCAGAUCAUCAGAGACAUGGAGAAGCUGGAUGAGAUGGAAUUUAAUCCAGUUCAGCAGCCUUUGCUAAAUGAGAAAGUGCUGCGGGACAAGAGGAAGAAGCUGCGUGAGACUUUUGAACGUAUCGUCCGUCUGUAUGAGAGAGAGAAUCCUGAAACCUACAAGGAGCUUCGCAAGCUGGAACUGGACUAUGAGACCAAGCGAGGGCAGCUGGCUCUUUAUUUCGACUCAGUCAAGAAUGCAGAGUCAGUGGAAGUUGACAGCAUCCCUUUGCCCGAUAUGCCUCACGCUCCAUCAAACAUCCACAUCCAAGACAUCCCUUUGCCCGGUGCUCAGCCUCCUUCCAUCCUGAAGAAAAGCUCGGCUUUUGGUAAAGGACCUCUGUCAGCGUCCUCCGGGCCGGUGUUGGCCUCAUUACCCAGCGUCCCACGCUUGCCGCCAGGGAAGAAGCCCCCCGGACCCCCUCCUGGGCCUCCCCCCCCACAGGUCCUGGCGCUGUAUGGCAUUCCAUCUCGACGAGCUUAUGGCACAGAAGCAGAGCCUUCCAUUCCCGGCUUAGAGAAGGACUUCGGCGGGGAUCUGGGGCGAGAUCGGGACAGCGGCAGCGAGAGCGACAGGGAUCGGGAUGACGGGGACGAGGACGACAGCGACUCUGAGGAGGACAGCGAGGAGGAGCGAGACGACGGCUUAGAUGUCGACAAGAGGAUGCGAGCGGACAGGCGUGACGACGAGCGGGAGAGAGAGGAGGAGCGAGACAGGAGCGACAGACAUGCUGGUCGCAGUGUACGCUUUGCAGAUAUCCCCCCUGAAGGGCCACGUGACGGAAAAAGAAAGAAGAAGAGGUUGGUGAAGAAGACCAAAGCGAUCACCCCUCUGCAGGCCAUGAUGUUACGGAUGGCAGGUCAGUCUGUUCCUGAAGAGGAAGAGGAGGAAGUAGAGGAGGAGUACACGGACGAAUCCGACAACUCUGACGUGGAGGACAGAGGACCGCCGGGGGAGAGCCAGCCCCACCUCAUGGCCAGCCAGCGUCUGCCCCCGCCUGCCGGGCCUGUGGGGCAGCAAGGACCGCCACAUAUGCAAGGUCCACCGAUGAGCGGGCCUCCACCGCUGGGCCCGCCUCCUGCUCCUCCCAUGAGGCCUCCUGGUCCUCCCUCUGGCCCCCCUCCAGGUCCCCCACCAGGAGCGCCUCCUUUCUUGAGACCUCCUGGGAUGCCGGGAGGAAUGAGGGGUCCGAUGCCUCGGCUGCUGCCUCCUGGCCCCCCUCCGGGCCGCCCGCCUGGCCCCCCGCCGGGCCCCCCUCCCGGCCUUCCACCGGGCCCUCCACCGCGUGGCCCCCCUCCCAGACUCCCACCUCCAGCACCGCCAGGUAUCCCGCCUCCCCCCCCGAGAGCAGGAGGCCCGGCACGCCCGCUCGCCCCGCCUCUCUCCCUCUUCCCCCCGCCGCUCAACUCCAACGUUCUCAGCGCACCCCCCAGCAUCGUCCAGAGGCAGAAAGGCCCCGGGUCCGGCCAGGACGGCUCCCAGAGCAGCAUGCCGCCGCCCGCCAUGCCCAUGCGGCCGGGCGUCAUGCAGAUCCCCCCUCCCCCGGGGACCGCCGCCGCCUCUGCCGGUGUCAAUCCCGGCAGCAACCCCCAUCACGCCGCCACCAUCGAGAAACGCGCCAACAUCACGUCCCUGGCAGGUCCCGGCGGCGCGGGCGCCGGCUCUGGCGGCGCCACCAUCUCCGCCAAACCUCAGAUUAUCAAUCCCAAGGCGGAGGUCACCCGCUUCGUGCCCACGGCACUGAGGGUACGGAGGGACAAGACCGGGUCGAUGCCCGGCGCCGCUCCGGGGCCCAUGGAGAAGCCGGGGGGAGGCGUCGGAGGACGGAGGGGAGAUGACGGGAGCGGAGGAGGCCAGUGGCAGAAACAGCAGGCGGCAGCGGCUCCGAUGGGCUUGGCGAACGCCGCUCAGAUGGGAGCUGUGAACCAGCCCAACAUGAAGACGAAAGACCAGAUGUAUGAAGCCUUCAUGAGGGAGAUGGAAGGACUUCUCUGAGACUCAACAUGACGUCCGCCGUGCUCCUGAACAUCUACAUGCUUUCUGUGCAGAGUGCUCAUUACUCAGCUCCAUCAGAUUCCAGUAAAAGCUGCUGCACCCUCCACAGCCUCGGCCGUCAUUUAUUGAGAUGAAGAUACUGGGUUUCAUCUGAUUACUCUAAUUGAAAACAUUUCACUGUUUUGUUUUUUUUAUAAUACCUUGGAAUAGUUUUUCCUUCUGCCAGCUGUGAGUCAUCUGACCAUAUGGAGUCUUUUGUAUGAUUGUAGUACUGUUUAUUUUAAUGGUGAUCUGUUUAACAUCAGAACAAAAGGUGGCAAAUGUUUGUCAGCCGCCUUUGAAAGUCAUGUGUGAAGCUGUUUGACCUGCAGUUAAAUAAAUACUUCAAACAUG